AUAAUAAAACUGGUUUUCAGUUUAAUGCAUCAGCAGGAUCACAGUAUUUUCGAGUUUAUUUUAAAAAACAAAUUCAUAUUGGUCUUGUUCAAGUUUUAACACCAAGAAGCAACGUCAAACAGAUUCGUUUAUCUUAUUUUGAUGAAUAUAAUCAAAUAAUAAAAAAUUCAGAAUUACAAGGAUGGCCAAUAAAUUAUAUCAGUCCGUUCGGUCGAAAAAACAAUGCAUUGGAUAAAUUAUGCCCAAAUUUCAUGUUUUAUGGCAUUCAAGUCGAUCUUUUACAAACAGAUCCUUCCAAUUCACCAGUUCAUAAUGCAACAUUAACAAUUCAUGUUCGAAAUUGUGAUGGAGUAGGCGGACGGAUACCUCCAUGCGCUGAAACAAAUAUAAUGUAUCCACAAAAUUUAGAAACAUAUAAAUUUUUAUCUUCCGGAUGCUCAUCUGAUAUGACGCAAGCUUAUGAAAAUCUUCCUGGUGAAAAUUGUCAAGAAAAAAAUCCAGCAAUUUUAAUCAAGUUUCAACAACCAAAUCUAGCAUAUAUUUCGACAAUUGAGUACCAACGGGAAUAUGGUCAAUAUCCGGGAAAUGUUCGACAAAUUGAGGCAAUAUUUUUUGAUGCUAAUAACUCAAUCAUAUUCGAUGAAAUUACUGGUGAACCAAUACGUUGGAUAUCGUCAGAAAACAAACCAAUUAUUUCGGGUGAUUUUCAAGAUGUUCGUGGUUUAAUAUUGAAAGUAUUAAAAACUGAUAAUGAUACAAAUGCUCAAAGAAUUAGAGUUAUAAUGAAUGGGUGUUAUUCAGCAGUUAAAUUAGGAACUUAUAUCAUCCCUGAGCCAAGAACGACUCGAGUAGGUGUUACUAUUGUGAGUUCAUGUCCAAAUCCAAUUGAUUUGAUGGCAAAUCCUUCAGGUAAAAUACUAUCAAUGACUUUAAAUGGAGAAGUUAUACCCGAUCUAAACUCGAUUUCUUCUGCAUCAUCGGGAUUGACUGCAAAAACGGGCGACAAACUUCAAACAUGGACAAUCGUUACAAAUCUAAUUGAUACGGUAACCAGUAUUGGAUUAGUUAAUUCACCAAACGUUAUAGGACCGAUUCAAUAUAAAUUACAUAAUACCUUUCAUGCUGUAAGUGAGAUUACUGGAAAUUAUACUGGUCAAAUCGUUCCGAUUUAUGCCAAAAAUAUUCGGCAAAUAGUUAUAACAACAAACAUACCGACAACUGAUAAUCAACCACCUAAAAAUUUGAAACUUAUCUUAAAUGGUUGCUUCAAACAAGAACAAUUACGAACAAUACCUCAAAUUGAAGAAAGAAUUUCAACAACUACAUCAGUUGUUUCGUGUCUAAAAACAAAUAUUUUAACUCGCACGAAUAUGCAACAAUUUUCAUCUCCUGCAGCUCCAUUAUCUGAUUUUUCACGUGCUUAUGCAAAUAUGCGUGGUGAAGAUUUAACAAACGCGCCAUAUAAAAUUUACAUGUUUUUUAAUAAUGUUAUUUGUGUAUCUGAUGUGCUUGUUCAAAUAACAGCUCCCGGACGAAGCACAUCGAAUGUUGCACAGAUUGAGGUUAGUUAUAAAACAAGCGAUGGCUCUGACUUAAAAUCAGCCAAUGGAAGUCCGAUUGUUUUACAAUCACCUGUCAAUAAUCCAACAGUUACAGAAAUUCCACUUCGAUGUAAUAUUCAAGGAAUUAACGUUACAAUCUUAGGAACAACUGAUCAAAAGCCACCAUCUUUCGUUCGUUUGAUUGUAGACGGUUGUUAUGGACCACUCAUUACAAUCCUGCCUCCAAGCAAUAUUUUUACGACAACACCACCAAGCUCAAUGAUUGGAAGUAGUACUGGUGUGCCAUCUUGCACAAAACCAAUUGAAAUGACUCGUUCCAAUGAUUCCUAUUUUUCAUCGAUCAUCGUCGACGGAGUAUCAUAUUUGAAGGCACCGUAUCCAACUUCAUUCGUUAUGAAAACGCCAACAAUGAAAAUUCAAUUUGCCACCUUUCAACCAGCCACUAUAACAUCAGUUUCUGUUCUCAAUCCAAAUGAAUCUCAAAUCACAAGCAUGAUUGCCGAAACUGAUUAUAAUGUUAAUAACAGCACGAAUCUGGAUGGAUUACGAGUAAAUUUUCAGCCUAACGUUGACUUCAAUACUCAUAUUAUUAUCACAUUGAAAACAACAAUGGCAAAUGCUAUUUUUCCGAAAACAAUCCAACUGGCUAUUUACGGAUGUGGCCAACCAAGCUUACCAGUAACUAAAGCACAAAU